UAACCUGAUCCUGUGGGUGGAGGGCUUCUUGGCAGCCAUCCCCUUCGGCAUGCUGGUGGCCAUCUUGGAUUGGUAGUAUGGCAUCUCCGUGCCCCUUACCUCCAUGCCAUUUGCCUACUUCAGCUUCAAGAAGCCUGUGAUUGAGCAGCCAGUGCGAACUAAGAAGAUCACUCAACAGAUCCAUGAACAUUCCUUCUUCACCAAGCCCAUGCCUGGAAUCAUCAUGGGGGGCAUCCACCCCUCCGGCUGCAUCUUCUUCCAGCUCUUCUGGGUUCCUGUUCCUGGUGUUCAUCAUUUUCCUCAUCACCUGGUCCAGGGCCACCAUCCUGCUACUUCCACUUGUGUGAAGAGAACUCCCUGGUGGUUGCAUUCUUUCCUGACCAGUCUCUUCAUGGCAGUCUACCUGUUUGUCUACGGCGUGCACUACUUCUUCACCAAGCUGCAGAUCAUUAUUGUGGCCAUUACCAUCCUCUACUUCACCAUGAUCAUGGUGCUCAAAUUAUUCCUCUUCACAAGGGAGUCGACGACAGAGCCACACUAUGGAAGGCUAGACUCUGUAAAAAGGUUUUUGUAGAGGAGCUCAAACAAAUGGGGCAUCUCCUGAUUUUCACUUUAACAAACACAGUGCUGGAGCUUCUGACAGGAUUUGGCCGAUGAAUCGGCUGUUUCCCGCCACCUUUCGCAAUAGGAAUUCUAUCCGCCUUUAAUAAAUGGAAAUUGGUGGUGCUGUGAUAGCAAGCCGAGCCAGUUGAAAAUAUUGAUGCCAGGGAUAUUUUUUAUGUCUGUGUGCUCCUGAAGUACCUUGGCCCUGUGUUCUUUUUCAUUCGUUUUGUGUUUUUAUUCAUUUAUUUCUGCUACCCUCCUACCUGAGCAGCAUGAGGCCUGUGUGGCAUCUCAUUGUUAACAUUAUCCCAGUGUUGAGAUGAAACACAUGUGUGUUGCAAAGCCACAUGCUCUCUAAGUCCUCUCUGCUCUACCAUGAUGUUUUAAUGGGCUGAUGUGGCUAAAACUAACACAGAGAACCAUUGCACAUGUAUUUUCUCAUCUUUUAUGACAUUAUGUUUACCACUUCAAUACCCUUACCUCUGUAGUUUGAAGUAUACUUGUUUCACUUUAUUACAUAUUCAACAAGAAACAUAUGACACCACACUUUAUGAUGUCUGUGAUGAUUCUUGCCAUCCAGUUAUAUUUGUCAGCUAUCUCUCCUGGUCAAUUAAGUUUUAUACGUUUUGGUAAGUCCACUUUACAUCCAUACGUAAUACAAAUCCGUGAUUGAGUGCUAAUUUCACUCAACUUUUAAAAAAGAGGAGACAUUUACAGAUCAGUGUCUAGCCCAAAACUAAUGAGACUGUUUCAGCAUGUACAAAGUAGCAAUACAUACAUACAAUACAUUAGCAAACAUUGAAAUUGGCAACAUAAAAUAAUACAAAGUGUCUCGUGACUGAAUAUAUAUUUAAGAAACAUUUACAAACAAUACUUUAUACUAUAGACCUGCUAAAUUACAAUAAAAGAACGAAGAAA